GUUGCGUUGAGACUGCUGGAAAAGGAAAUACUUGCUCGAGAGGAUAUGGCAGAACUGCUAGGUCCUCGUCCGUUCAAGGAGAAGUCGACGUACGAAGAAUUCGUCGAAGGUACCGGUGGACUAGACGAAGACGUUUCUCUGCCGAAGGGUUUGGAGAGUUGGAAUAAACCUAAAGAGGUGGAAGAACAUCCGCCAAAGCCAGAUGAAUCGAAGAAGGAGCCCGUAGCGAAAUCCGCCGCAUCCUAA